AGCCCGGCCCGGCGGUAUAAAUGGCGGGCACGGCGCGGGGAGAUUCUAGCUGUCAUACAAGCCGGGAACCGCAGCCAGCAACCUCAGCAAUAGAUAGCGUAGCCACAGCCAUCGAAUAGUAUUAAUCCUAGUGGCUAAUUAACUAGCAAUAGAGAUUGGCCAGUUGAAGGAGUGAUAGUAUAUUAGGGAGGGAGCUGCAUGGCCAUGGACGCGAUGAGCAGCGCGGUGCUGCAGGGGGCGUGGAGGAAGGGGCCAUGGACGGCGCUGGAGGACCGGCUGCUGACGGAGUACGUGCAGCAGCAGGGCGAGGGCAGCUGGAACUCCGUCGCCAAGCUCACCGGGCUGCGGCGGAGCGGCAAGAGCUGCCGGCUCCGGUGGGUGAACUACCUCCGGCCGGACCUGAAGCGGGGCAAGAUCACCGCCGACGAGGAGACCGUCAUCCUCCAGCUCCACGCCAUGCUCGGCAACAGGUGGUCGGCGAUCGCGCGGUGCCUGCCGGGGAGGACGGACAACGAGAUCAAGAACUACUGGCGGACGCACUUCAAGAAGGCGCGGCCGUCCAGGCGGGCCAGGGCGCAGCUGCUGCACCAGUACCAGCUCCAGCAGCAGCAGCAGCACCGCCAGUACCUCCACGCGCUGCACCUCCUCCAGCAGCAGCAGCAGGAGAUGCAGAUGCAGCUACAGGAGAACCACCACCACCAGCAGCAGCAGCAGGUGAUGAUGAUGCAGCAGCAGAGCCCGCCGGAGGAGGACCAGGCCGUGAUCACCACCGGCGACAACAUGAACAGCAUGGAGACUGCAGGGUGCUACUGCCCGUGCCCGGCUGCGUCGGCGGUGCUCGACCUCCCGCUCCCGGCCGACGACGAGGACGCGCUGUGGGACAGCCUCUGGCGGCUCGUCGACGGGGAGGACGGCUCCAGCGGAGGUGACUCAGGCGAGUACUAGCUUAGCUAGUGUGUGUGCUACUACCACUACUACGGCAAUGUGCAUGUGUCCCGCUGUAAAGAAAGAAAGAAGGAGAGGUAUACAAUACUGCCUGCAGGUUAAUUUCAGUACUACUGGCCGCAGGUAUAUGAUCCCGGCGGUGAUAUCUAGGAAGGAUCAUGCAUGCAUGAUCACGCACGCAUGCCAAUAGUUCUUCUUCAUGCAUGUCUCGUGUACAUGUUUACCCUUUUACCCAUGACCAUGAGCCAUGAUGAGCCCAUGAUCAGGUGCACUGUACCACUACCAACCUCUUCAGUUAGCAUGUCAACAUAGCUAGCUUGUAAAUUGCAGCAUCAUGUAAUUUUGAUUCAGACAUAUUUACGAUUC